GGAGGCUGAAAGAUACACCAGCGAUCAGGACCACAGACACGAGAAUCCUCGCUCAAGGAGGGGCAUAAACACUUCAGGUGCUCUUGAGUCGGUUUUUAUAAGGAGAUCUCUGCUUGAUCUCCCUUACUGCGCUCCGCCCGGUGCUUGAGGACAGAAGAUGCCCAGGCAGUUCCUCUGCCCAGUGUUCGGCUCGUCUCUGUGGUUGGUACUGAUACUCCAGUCUCUCAUCUCAUCCGCCGCUACCUACAAGAGACCUGUGUCAGGAGGAAAGAGACCGAGCUUUCUGGAGAGGACCUUGAUUUUACUAGACGUGAAUACUCGAAGUCCGGUGAAAGUUUUGAAUGACAACUUCCUCUCCUUGCAGUUGGAUCCAUCGAUCAUAAAGGAUGGCUGGCUGGACUUUCUAAGCUCCAAGCGGUUAGUCACUCUGGCUCGGGGACUAUCUCCAGCUUAUUUGAGGUUUGGGGGCAAACGAACGGACUUCCUCCAGUUUCAUAACCUGAAGAAUCUCGCAAAGUUUAGAGGGCCUGGACCGGACUAUUACCUCAAAAACUAUGAAGAUGACAUAGUGCGCAGUGACUUCGCCCUGGACAAACAGAAGGGCUGCAAGCUGGCCAGCCACCCAGACAUGAUGCUGGAUCUGCAGCGAGAGAAAGCGGCUCAGAUGCAACAGGUCUUGUUGAAAGAACAGCUCUCCAACAUCUACAGCGAUGUUACAAUAACAGCCAGGUCUUUAGACAAACUCUACAACUUUGCCGACUGUGCGGGGCUGCACCUGAUCUUUGGCCUGAACGCUUUACACAGAAAUCCAGACAACUCAUGGAACUCGUCCAGUGCCCUGAGCUUACUAAAAUACAGCGCCGGCAAAAAAUACAACAUCUCUUGGGAGCUUGGCAAUGAGCCAAACAGUUACCGCACAAUGGCAUCUCGAUCAGUCAACAGCUCUCGACUGGCUCAGGAUUACACUCUUCUAAGGACGUUACUGCAAUCGGUGCGUUUCUACAACCGAGCUAACCUCUACGGACCAAACGUCGGCCGACCUCGUAAAAAUGCAAUCCUGUUACUAGACGGGUUCAUGAAAAACGGUGGUUCUGUUGUUGAUGCAGUAACGUGGCAACAUUACUACAUUGACAGGCGUGUAACCAAAGUUGAAGACUUUAUGAAGACAAGGCUUCUGGACACCCUGUCUGAGCAGAUUACGAAGGUGUUAAAGAUUGUUCAAACUCACACUCCUGAGAAGCGGGUGUGGUUGGGUGGAGUUGGUCCUGCUUGGGCAGGGGGCACCAAUAAUUUAUCAGACACGUUUGCUGCUGGUUUUCUGUGGCUCAACACUCUUGGUAUCGCUGCAGCUCAUGGGAUUGAUGUUGUACUCCGACAUUCAUUUUUUGAUUAUGGAUACAAUCGCCUUGUUGACCAGCAUUUCAACCCCUUACCUGAUUACUGGUUAUCUCUGCUCUUUAAACGUCUGGUGGGCCCCAGGGUGCUUGCAGUGCAUGUCGCAGGCCUCCAGAGAAAACCACGCCCUGGACGAGUGAUCAGAGACAAACUCCGCAUCUAUGCACACUGCACCAGCUUUCACAAUCACGAAUAUGUCAGAGGAUCCAUAACGAUCUACAUCAUCAACCUGCAUCGCUCACGAAAGAAAAUCAAGCUGGCUGGGACGUUACGAAAUAAAACCGUUCACCAGUACCUGUUACAGCCCUUCGGCACAGAUGGACUUCACUCCAUGUCUGUGCAGCUGAACGGUGAGCCUUUGAUUAUGGUGGACAAUGAGACGUUCCCAGAGCUCAAACCCCGGACACUCAGGGCAGGAAGAACGAUAGCUAUGCCACCCGUUUCCAUCGGCUUCUAUGUCAUCAAAAAUAUUAAUGCUUACGCCUGCCGUAGAUAACACACACUGACCGACCUCAGAAGAUCUUCUGUUCAAUGCAUCAACCCCUCGUUGCAUUCCUCUUUUUUAGAACUCCACAGACACGUGGAAAAAAACCCGCCCUUCGUUCAAGCAAGGGUUGCACUGAAUCCUUUCAACAACAUUUCUCCUCUUUUUUUCCGCAAGAAGAGCUUGACUUGUGGAAAGUGAAUGUAUUUUCUGUCAGUUGUUUGUGUUGUUAUUGCUGUCAUGGCCGUUUUUGUUGUUUGUUGCUUUUGAUUUUGGGGGAAUAUGCCUUACGAUUCUUUACUUGUGCACAGCAGACAGAAUCAGAACCUGAUGUUGAGGAUCAUCGUAAGCUUAAAACCAAAGGCUAAUGUUUCUGGAUCAAGAUCCUUGUUAGUCCUAAAGCAAAAUUCCUACCAAGUAAUCAGAUUUUAACGUUGGGUAUAGCGCUAAGUUUGGGGCUUGAAAAAAUUAUUUUCAGCCUAUGUCCCUCGGAUUUUAGGGGUAGGUAAUUGUUAGGGUUUGAGUUAGGAAUACAGGACCAACAAAGGAUGCUGAUCCAGCUAAAUCACAUUGUGCAGAUCUAUCACAAAGUCAUCUGAAUUGCAUCUGAUACAGAGGGCUAAAGCCCUCACGGGGCACAGGGCCAAAUCUUGAUCCCUAGUCUUUCUUCUUCAUCACAGCAUAGUAAAUCUAAACCUCCACUUCUAAGUCUGUGUCAUCAUAACUUGCAGACUUUUCUAUAAACUUAAAACAAGCCCUGGAAGAGGCUUUCUCUUUACUCUUUGCUAUAUGUGUAUUUUUUUCUUCAGUUGCUGCUUGAUGAAAUGUAACUGUACGAUAAUGAAGAGAAUAUGGGAAGGCACAAAUAUUUACAAAAACAUACUUAUAUUUUGUUUCUUGAAUUAAAAGGGAUCGUAUAAUACAUACAAGUGUCUCAACACACAAACAUCUGGUACAAACACACCUUUAUGCAUUUCACUUCAAUAUUCAUUGGUGCUCUUAUAAAUACCGCUCCAUUUUGAUCAUGUUUACAUGUUUGACAUCCCAUUUUAGCUCAGAUGAUAUUGAAGGCUGAAAGGAAAGAUAAAGGAGUUUUUGAAGGUACCAUUUUUGGUUGAUGAAGAAUUGUAGAUUAAAUAGAGUUUGUAAAUGAGCUCAGGAAAUGUUCUCAUAUGUUGUCCAUUGGUGUGUUGUUCCUUAAUGUCCAUAAUAUCUGGUUCUUCAUUUGAGCAUUACGGCACACAUGUACACCACACAUGAGCUCACUUCUCUAAAUCAAAUUUCUUCCAUUGCUAUUCAACACUACUUUGGCCCUAAAAAGCAUUUGGAAAACCUCCCUUAAAAUAUAUCAGUGUCAUUGCAUUAGAUAAUAAAAUAUCAAAUCAAGUGUUUGUUGUAAAGAAUGAUAGCACAAGCACAGAUUUUAAGCAAAACAUUUUAUAAAAUAAUUUAGUUAGAUUUUAAAUAUUAAACAAUAUAUCCUUUCCAAAAUGAAGACAAACAAUAUUUUGACUCUUAAUGGAAGUAAAAUGAGUUAAUUGAUAGCUAAGAAAAGUGGUGUUAUUAGAAAACGCUACUUGCUUUGACAUUUUGUUAUUUAAUGCAGUGAAAUUUGUGCAUAUUUAAGUGUCUAAAUACUUUUGUGACAACUGUAAAUUCUGUGUACAGUGAUUCCUUUGUGCUGCUAGCUGACUAAUUAAUAUUGAGCAUGAUGAGUGACAAAUUAUUUUGGACAGGGACAAACCUCUUUGUUAUAUUAAUAAAUGUACAUACAAUUAAUUUUAGUUUUUUUAAUUAAGGUUCCAUGCUCUAUAAUAUUAUUUAUAUAAAUGUAUAUGUGUGGUUAUGAGUGUAUAUAUACAUACAUAUUGUGUUGAGAGAAAACAGACUUUUAUUUAAGUCAUUCCACAUUUGCAGAUUAUUAUAUUGUACUUUGUGUAAAACAUACUAAAGAGAGUUUAAUCAAGAUGAAGGACAGACUUCAAAUGUAGUGAGUUGCUCUCAGUAUGUGCACUCGUGCUGUACAUUUUAUGUUGACUGAUCACUUAUUCACAGUGCUGCGGUUCAGCUUGCAAACCCAUCAAUAGUGGAAAUCAAUGUUAAAUUGUAAAGAGUGUGUAAAGAUUUUUAGAAGAAUAUUUCCGCACUGUAGGUCCAUACAAUGCAAGUGAAUUGUGACCAAAACUUUGAAGCUCCAAAAAGCACAUGAAGGCAGCAUAAAAGUAAUCUGAAUGACUCCAGUGGUUUAAUCCAUGUCUUCUGAAGAGAUCAAAUCGGUUUUGGGUGUAUAGAACACAGCUAGAACAUACCAGAGCAUUCCACUGUUGUUGCUCUCUUUAUAUUGUUGUUAAUGACAGGGUCAAUAAUGUUUGUUUCCUUCUUUGAAUGUGUUUAUUGCAUAUUUUGGAUUUGUUAAUAUUUUUUCUGUAAAAGAGCAUUAUUUUAUUAUGGAAAUGUUUG